ACUGGCAGACUUAGCUUGGCUUGACCAGAGCAGUAAGACUCAGCUGGGCUUGAGCAGCUCAUGGCAGUCUCCUCAGUUGCUCAUGUGUUGCGGUGGGUCACAUCGAGCCUCUAAGGCGACUGCCACCGAUGAGGUUGCUGACUUCGUUGCCAGUCACGAGGAUUUGCAGUUCAAGGAUGAUGGGAGUGGCAAGGUGGUGGCAAAGUCCACCGGCCAUGAGAUGCCUCCUCGCUUGGAUGUCAUCAAGAUCUACGUGAAUGGUCCAAGUUACCGGAAGGCACGGGAGUGGUAUUCUUUUGACUUCAGCAAAUAUGAGCCACACAUUGUUCGGCAUGACAAGGAGGAGAAAUUCCUUAAGUGCCUUGUCACGGGCACUACAUUGCCAAUGCAGCCACAGAAGGUGGAACUACAUGUCCAGAGCAAGCGGUUCAAGGAGCUAUUGAAAGCCAAAGAAGAGCUGCAGCAAAAGAAAGAUGCGAAGAAAAAGAAGAGGAGAGCAGAAGCAAAGCCGGAGGCGAAGGGCAAGAAGAAGGCGAAGAAGAAGAGCCACCACGAAGCUUCAAGCGGUGCAAAGGAAGGGACUCCUGAGAAGGCCUCCAAGAAGCGUCCCGUGCGAAGUAAACUGCUAAAAAGGAAGAAGGAUAUGCCUGAAGGAGAACCAAAGAAGAAUGAUAAAAGCAAGAAGAAGUCAGGAGGAAAACGGACAACCAUUGAGGCCUAGCACAUGCUCCGUAAAAAGAUGAGCUUGCUGGAA